UAGGUUUGCCCUAUAGGCCAAAUGAACCGAUUAGGCUUGAAGUCACUUCUUUUGAGGUAGUGGAUGUUCCCCUUUUCAUUUCUAAUUUCACCUAAGCGGUAAUAUCGUCAACGAUCAUGCCUCCGGCAGAGUUUUCUGCUUUAGAAACAAAGAAGCACUCUGUGAGAUAUGUCCACACAGUUUCAGAGGGGGGUCGUCUUCUUCCUUCCGCUAGUCGCUGGAACUCCAUAGCCCUUGACAAUAACCUUGCCCCUAACUCUUCCACCGCUUAUCAUUCAAUCCCCUCCAAUUACUCUAAAUCCGUUGAUUAUAAUCUUGUUAUCACUGACAAGAAACACUUUUAUCGAUUUCUUUUUAUAGCAGCAUCAAUCGUCUUCCUUGUCGUAGCAGCAGUUCUUCUGGUGCACUUCCGAUCUCAGGCUCACAAGCAUAGGCACCAGAGGCCUCCAGUCAAUCUCAAACUUGCAAUCAAUCAAGCUCUAACAUUUUAUGAUGCCCAAAAGUCUGGACACUAUCCAAGGAAUAGUCCAGUGAAAUUUCGAGGAGACUCAGGAUUAGAAGAUGGGUUGAACACACCAGAAAAUCUUACCGGUGGAUUUUAUGAUUCUGGCAAUAACAUUAAGUUCACCUUCACCACAGCCUAUACAGUGACCUUGCUGAGUUGGACUGUGAUAGAAUAUCAGGGUAAAUAUGCUUAUAUUGGUGAGCUUGACCAUGUUAGAGACAUAAUCAGAUGGGGUAGUGACUACUUGCUCAAGGCGUUUGUUCUCCCAAAUGUUGGAAGUGCUGUUAGGAAUAAUAAUGGUGAACAUAAUGAUAUAACCUGCUGGCAAAGACCUGAAGACAUGACUUAUGCGAGACCAGUUUCACAGUGCAAUAGCUCUGCUUCGGACUUAGCUCGUGAAUUUAUUGCAGCAUUAUCCGCUGCAUCCUUAGUGUUUCGAGAAGACAAGGACUAUUCAGGAAAACUAGUCAAAGCAGCACAAAGCCUGUAUGAUGUAGUUACUACAGAAGAUCCUUCGUUGCAAGGCAAGUACACGACGGACGAUGAUUGUGGAAAAGAAGCAAGAAUGUUUUACAACUCAUCUGGUUACGAAGAUGAAUUAGCAUGGGGAGGAACUUGGUUGUAUAUUGCCACUAAAAACACAUCUUAUCUUCAAUUUGCUACUGACACUUUCAAAUUAGCCAAGAACAAUGAAACAGGUUUGGACAAAAGCGUCUUCUAUUGGAAUAACAAGCUCGGUGCUACAGGGGUUUUACUAUCGCGCAUACUUUACUUUCAAGACCCUGGCUCGUCUCAGGAUGCUUUGAUUUUGUCAUCAAACUUGACAGAGUCCCUCAUGUGUACUUUUCUAUUUAACAAAUAUUCCAGCAAAACACCGGGUGGGUUGAUCAUCAUAAAACCUGUUGAUGACCCAUUACUGCAAUAUGCUGCAACAUCAUCUUUUCUCAGUAAAUUGUUUGGCGAUUACCUUGAUCAUCAGAAACUUUCUGGUGCAAGUUGCGGCACUGAUGUAUACUCUUUGCAGAUGCUUCAUGAUUUUGCUGCCUCUCAGGUUAACUACAUCAUGGGACAGAACCCGAUUAAGAUGAGCUAUAUGGUUGGUUAUGGAGACAAGUUUCCAUUGCAGGUUCAUCAUAGAAGUGCAUCGAUCCCAUGGGAUGGUCAGCCAUAUACUUGUGACGAAGGAAAAAAAUGGCUGAACUCAAAAGAUCCAAACCCACAAGUUCCUUUGGGAGCCAUGGUAGGAGGACCGGGCCUGCAUGAUAAUUUCAUGGAUGAUAGGAACCAACCAAGGUUCACUGAACCAACCAUAGCAAGCAAUGCCGGUUUACUUGCAGCACUUAUUGCUCUUCAAGAUCCUCCUCUCUCAAAUUCAAAGGCCGUGGAGGACUCAAUUUUGGGAUGGAAUUGAUGGGCAUAUAAUUGAAAUGCGGCUGAUCAUUCCUUUUGAUUCCCACACGG